AUGGCGGGACGCGUUCCCCUUGGUUCGGGGGCUAACCAGAACCGAGUGUUCAUCGACUUGACUGAUGAAACUGACCCAGGCGAUUCUGAAGACCCAAAGAAUUUGGUACAGGGCAAGCUUCCUUUUAUGGCAGCGUUAGCUUAUCACCCACCAACUGUUCCACUCAAGAGGAAGAGCUUAGGCAUAUCUGAGGAUGUCUCAGAUACUUCGUCAAGUGAUAUUCACCGGUUGCCACGGCGUGCACGUCUCUCGCACGCUCACCCUUCCCCUUCCCCAUUUACGCCAAGUCCACCACCAAACAUACAGCGAUCUCAAAUUAGUGUUGUGAUCCCAUCGCCGACAUCAAAGCAAAAGCGCGAGAUCGCAAUCGCACAAAAUGUGUCCAAUGUGGAUGGCAUGGACAUUAAUAUCUUUCCUACAACCGACGAAGAGGAAAGAGUCAAAAAAGCCGCAUACCCUACUACCAAGGCUCGUGUUGACCGUCGUUCAGUCCCAUUAUCAUUCAAAACAAGCUCAGAUAUGGACAUUCUUAACUUACCAUCGCUCACCGAAACAAACCACCUUGCGAAGCUCCGUCACGCUCUUGAUGAGAAGCUACAACGUAUCAAUGGUCCUUCGGUCAUUACGGCAGUUGAGUCACCACAGCGUCUGGCCAAACUAGCCGAUAACUUCGAGUUUAUCAAUGGCUAUCAGUACCGUGCGGGUGUUGAACGGAUUCCUGAUGACUCGGAUUUCAACAUCGGUUGUGCGUGCACUGAAACUGGCGGCUGUGAUCGAUUUGAGUGUGAUUGCCUUAGCAAGGAGGAAGAUUCUGAAGAUCGCAUCGUCCCGUAUGAGAUCUGUGAAAGCAACCCGAAAUUGAUCGUUGCAAACAAAAGCUUCCUUAAGCGCAAGGCAAUCAUUUAUGAGUGCAACUCCCGUUGUGGCUGUGGUGGAAAGCGGUGCUGGAAUCACGUUGUUCAGAAAGGCAGGACUAUUAGACUUGAAAUUUUCGACACUGGACCUCGCGGCUUCGGUCUUCGGUCCCCCGACUUGAUUCACCGUGGACAGUUCAUCGAUCUUUACCUCGGUGAGGUCAUCACGAAGGCUGAAGCCGAUGAGCGAGAGAAUCUCACCGAUGGUUCGCACACGCAAUCAUACCUCUUCUCUUUGGACUGGUAUGUCAAGGAUGAUGACGAUGAAGAAAAGAAUAUGAAAGUCAUCGAUGGCCGCAAAUUUGGUUCCGCAACUCGCUUUAUGAACCACUCUUGCAACCCUAACUGCAAAAUCGUCCCUGUCUGCAGCACGAAUCAUGCCGACGAGUAUCUUUACAACCUUGCUUUCUUUGCCUACCGCGACAUCUCCCCUGGCACCGAAUUGACCUUUGAUUAUAACCAGGGCGAGGAGAACACAACUCCUCAGAAGAUUGACCCUGAAGCAGUCCAGUGCUUGUGUGGUGAAUCCAAGUGCCGUGGUCAGUUGUGGCCAAACAAGCGCAAGGGCCAGGGAUCCAAGCCUUAA